UUUGAUUCUGCCAUUGUAUUACUGAGAAUUGUUCGACUCGUGACAAAGCGGCCUUACUUGGCUUUCAGCGCUGCCUUUCCCAGUGCCGUUAAUCUACAACCCUGUACUCUGAACGACCGUUUACGAUUCAAUUGUCACGAUGGCAUUCUUGUUCAAAUCGAAAAAGAAUCAACAAAAUACUGCCCUUCCUCCAGCAAACAGAAGCCUCCACACCUCCGAAGGAGCGUCAACACAUGCACCGGCGGCGCCCAAUGGAAUAAAAGAGCGGGAGGGAAGCAAUUCGCAGACGCCGACCCCCAGCAGCAGCUACAAUAAUUCUCUGAAUUCGGUCCAACGGCCGCCGCAACAAUCGAUGAACAGCAAUACUCCCAAUACGAGCCCCGGCGCUUCAUUGUACCCAUGGUCACAGCGUCGCUUAAAUUUCGACACGCCGCAGACGAAUCCAUUUCCCCGCUAUGGCGCAGCUAUAAAUGCUGUUGCUUCGAACAAAGGAGAUAUAUAUAUGAUGGGUGGUUUGAUAGACGGAUCAACUGUCAAAGGAGAUCUCUGGGUGAUUGAAAGUGGCGGGGGAGAUCUCUCAUGCUUCCCAAUUGCCACUGUGUCGGAGGGGCCCGGUCCCAGAGUCGGUCAUGCGAGUUUACUGGUCGGUAAUGCUUUCAUUGUAUUUGGCGGUGAUACAAAAGUGGACGAGGCCGAUACUCUGGACGACACACUUUAUUUACUGAACACCUCCUCGCGGCAGUGGUCGCGCGCCAUACCUCCUGGGCCCCGGCCCGCUGGGCGUUAUGGACACACCUUGAACAUCCUGGGCUCCAAGAUUUACGUCUUUGGUGGACAGGUUGAAGGUUACUUUUUCAACGACCUGGUCGCAUUUGACCUUAACCAACUGCAAAAUCCAGCGAAUAAGUGGGAGUUUUUAAUCCGAAGCAGUCACGAUGGUGGUCCACCUCCGGGCCAGAUACCCCCGGCCAGAACGAACCAUACAAUUGUAAGCUUCAAUGACCGGUUGUAUCUGUUCGGAGGAACGAACGGCUUGCAGUGGUUUAACGACGUUUGGAGCUAUGAUCCUCGCGCUAACCAAUGGACUCAACUCGAUUGCGUUGGGUUUAUCCCUACGCCGCGAGAAGGGCAUGCAGCAGCUCUUGUAAACGAUGUCAUGUACAUAUUUGGCGGCCGCACAGAUGAGGGAAUCGACCUUGGGGAUCUGGCAGCUUUUCGUAUCACGACCCGACGGUGGUAUUCUUUUCAGAACAUGGGACCUGCCCCAUCACCAAGGUCUGGGCACAGUAUGACGGCUUACGGAAAGCAGAUCAUCGUGAUGGCGGGUGAGCCAAGCUCUGCACCAAGGGACCCCGUGGAACUCAGUAUGGUAUACGUCCUCGACACAUCGAAGAUUCGCUAUCCGACCGAGUCGCCAAACGGAGAUAGAGCACCCCCACCUGGUAUGAGAAAAGGCAGUACAGACAGGCAAAAUCCUCAGGGGGGCCGCACAUCUCGCGAGGCGCAGAAUCAACUUCCAGAUCCACGGCGACCAGGUGCCUCGCGGGAAAGCAUGAUGAGUCCAACCGGCAGACCAGCAGACGUUGGUCCUAACUCAGGGCCCGGGUCCCGACUCCCGAGGGCCUCUAUAGCUCAGGCUCCUGCAGGACCUCCUCCCCCAGGUCAAGCUCCCACCCCUGGCCCUCGAGGGAGCACCCCCCAAAACGUUAUGAACCCACGAAGCAAAACCCCCACAAAACUGGAUCGGUCGUAUGGCGGUCCACCGGUGGAUACCACUCGAGCGAUGGCAGCUGAUCGGGAUAGGGAGUCUCCAAUUGCCAAAGAAUCCCCCAAGGAGGCUAGACCUGUUCACGAUUCUGGAUCUGGAUCAGGAGAUCGUCGCACACCUACUCAGCAAUCACGGAUGUCUGCCCGAGCUAUGGAGGCUGGCGAGGCAGCCCCCCUUAUUAGUGCACCGGCCAGGCAACGGUCGCUGCGUCACCACCGACAGCGCAGCUCUAUGGAUAGUGCCGAUGAAUCUGUUUUGGGUCGAAAUGCCAGCAUUGAUGGCUCGGUAGACUCUCGAGGUUAUCGGGGUUCAAAGACCAUAGGUGAUGAACCCCGGUCACCAAGAUUGACUGCACAUCAAGAAGCACUUAUUAAGGAGCUCGAGGCUGUGAAAAGCCGUAAUGCAUGGUAUGCGUCCGAACUUGCAUUGGCCAAGAAGGCUGGUUACACGCCGAAUGCUUCAAGUAGCCCAACUUUAGACGAGCGUGCGGGCGAUGCGUUCGCUGACGAGGACCGCCCCUUAAUUGAAGCAUUUCUGGCAAUGAGGGCGGAACUUGCAAAGAUGCAAGCAACUGUAGAUCGACAAGCUGCUAUAGCUUCCAAGCGGGUCGCUGAGGUUGAGCACCAAAGAGAUGUGGCUGUCAAUGAAGCGGCUUAUGCUCGUGCUAAGCUUGCUGCUCAUGGUGGUAGUCAAAGAGGAACUCCGCAACCUGAUGGGCGCUCCCAGGAUCCUGAAGAAGUGAUGACGGAGAGAAGCACUGACAUCAGCAGAAGAUUGGCUUUAGCCCUUGCAUCUCAGAAUGAACUAAAGUCAAAACUUGAUACGGUUACAAGUGAACUCGAACAAGAAAAGCGGGGUAGAGAGCUAGCUGAAGAGACAUGUGAAGCUACCAGGAGACGUCUAGCUGAACUUGAGAUGCAAAACAAUGCUUUAGAGGUCGAAAGCCUCCGUGCAGAAUUACAUCAGCUGGAAGCCUCCAUGAGGGAAGAGGCUUUGCUACGAGCUGAAGCAGAAUCCGCAACAAAACAGCUGACCUUGGACAAGGAAGAGCUAAUGAAAAAGGUUGAGGACUCUUCAAUUCACCUCAAAGACUUUGGUACUAAUCUGGGCGUGCUCCGAGAGGCUGUUUCUGCGUCUUCUGGAAAAGCAGCCCUUCUCGAGAAACAAUUGGAAGAGGAGCGUGAACGUCGGGAGGGGUUGGAGAAAAAAUUGUUGCAGCUCAGAUCCGAGCACGAGGAACAGAAUGCCGAGCUUGAGAAUAUUGUCCGUCGUCUUCACGACGCCGAAGAACUCGCCGAAAGCAAUGCCAGGGAAGCUGAGACACAUAAGAAUGCGUUCUUGACAGGACUUGACCGCGCAAGAUCCUUUGAUUCCGAUUCUUCCAUACGGUCGCUCGCAGACCAGCGGGUAGCUGCCCUGGAGGCACAGGUGGAAAGGGCAAAUAAGCUGGCGAAAACUAGCCAGACAGCUGCAGAUGAGGCAGCAGACAAGCUCCGCCGUGCAGAAGAGAGGAUUGCAGGCUUAGAAGCAUACCAGGAACAGGCCAGUCGGGAAGGUUUGCAGCUUCGAAGGCAGCUCCAAGCAGCUAUGAAAGAAGGCCAGUCUCAUGCCACUGAGAACAGGGAGCUGAAGGCCCAGUUUGAAAACCAUCAACGCGAGUCUGGCGCCUUAGCCAUCCAACACGCAGCUCUCAAAGACCUCCUUGGUGAGCGUGGAGUCAAUUAUUCUGAUAGCAGGCGUUCUCCUCGACUGGAUUCCCCUGGGUCUCGGUUUGGAACACCUGAGCAGAGUCGACUUCGUGAGCUAGAGCAGCAACUCUCGACCAGUCUUAAGGCCCAUGAAGAAAUGAAGGCGUCAUUCGAGACUCGCGAGCAAGAAGCUGACCGUGCAUAUAAGGAGAAGCUAGAACAACUUGAAAAUGAUUACCAGUCAGCAGUUCAUUAUGUUAAGGGAACUGAAAAGAUGUUGAAGCGGAUGAAGGAUGAACUUACUCGUUAUAAGUCCCAGAAUGCAAAGAUACAAUCAGAAUUGGAAGCAGCCCAGAGUGACAAAGCACAACCUUCUGACCGAUCGCCGAUGCAGGCCGAGUGGGAGACUGAACGUGCACAACUUCAGAAGUCUCUUGCCGACCUACAGCAAGACACUUCGUCCUCUAUCGCAAAACUCGAAAGCGAGCUCGCCAAACUGAAGAAGGAUCUCUCUGCCGCCGAGGCUGAUAAGGAAAACGCUCGAUCAGAAUAUGAAAGUUCCCAUCAAGAACUGAUGGCUUCUGCGGAAAAGAGCCGUGCCGAACUGGAUCAGCUUAAACACGAAAAUGCUCUUCUCGAGAGUCGCGCCUCGGAUGCUGAACAGAAGGUCAAUAUGCUUUUGGAUCAAGUCGAAGCGUCGGUUGGGCAUUACCGUCGACAGUCCCAGCAUGGCCAAAACAUGAACGGCAUCUCGCGGACCUAUAGCAACGCCUCGAGCAACACCAUCAGCAGAUCAAGAGCCAACAGUGCUGUGUCACAGGAGGAUCCAUUCCCUGACAAUCGUGGCUCCAUGGCUUUGGACUCCCUGGCCAAUGAACUGGAGACCUUGCGUAGCCACUGGGAGAGUACCAACCGCAAUUAUCGGUUAAGCACUCAGUCUGACUUCGACCGGACUCCCACCAAAGAGACAGGGCUAAGUGACAGCCUUGCGGAAUGGAGGCGGCGCUUGGAUGAGGAUGACACCAGAGCAAGUUCUCCUGAGAAAAGUAAACCCCGUAACACAGAAGGGGGGGCUACAACAACAAACAUGAUUUAAGAAACUCGGCAGUAUGCGGAUGGCUUGUCUAUACUCUAUUGGAAAACCUGCUGCGAGGCCUGAGGCUUGCCAGGGCCACCCUGUGUCUUCAGUAUCGCGUCCUCGAAGCGCCCUGGCGCUGUGUAUGGUUUGAUGGAUCGUUGACUUGUCAUCUCGGCAUAUGUUAUGUGUGUUUUAUAAUGGUUUGUUACUCUGACUAUCAGCUGGCUAUUUUAGUCAGUCCGCGAUGAAGUCAGGGAAUUAUGAUUCAUUUCCCAUGUUGUUCAUGUUCCUUCUUUCCCUCUCCUAUGUUUGUUCCUUUUGUCUUCUUUUUGU